AUGGACAGCCCAGGGGCUAAACAUCGCAGUGCUCCAGUCAAGGGUACAAUGCUCCAGAUGAGUACGAUCCAAUCUGCUCCGUACUUCCACUCCCUCUUCCAAGAAUACCAGGCUAAGAAGAAGAUGAACCAAGCUCUGCUACAGCUGCUACCGUAUCUCCGAACCAACCGAAUUCCUUCAAUCUUCCAAGUCGCUCAAGGGCAUCUCCGAAUUCCCCGCAUCGAAGCGAAAGCGCUGGAGGAUCUAAGUUCUGCGUUUUACAUUGUCGAUACCAAGCCGGAAAACGAGAUGACAGCCAAUGACACUGUUCCAGAUGAUCAAACUCGACAUAUUGUACCAUGGCCUCUCCGUGUUCUUGCAGCGAGGUUACAAAGCAUUGGAUUCGGCGACUCAAGACGAGGCAUUGCUGCCUUAUACGAGCUUGGAUUAGAAGCUAGAAAACAUCUAUCGCGCCAAGUGCUUGCGGGGGAUGAAAGAGAUAUUUGGAAAACUAGAUUGGCAGAUUUGGGGAUCAGAGUUGUGAAUUCGUUAAUAGAAAUGAACGACUUAGACGCUGCGCGAAGGUCACUCGCAAACCUAAAAGCCCCACCCAAGGAGCAAGCUUUAACGACCACACGGAUGGUGCUGUUAUAUCUCAAAGUUGGGGAUGUUGAAACUGCUCGAAAACUGCUAGAUAAUACUCCAAUCGAAGCGGAUGGGGCUUUGCACUGUCUGUUAGAUAUGGCGGAAGGUCGAUAUGAUGAAGCAGCUGCGGGGUGGGAGGCCCUUCGCGCAAGCCACAUUGGACAUGAGGAUGCAGCUCUGAUCAUACAAAAUCUCGCUGUGUGCUUAUUAUAUACAGGAAAGCUAAAUGAGUCCCGCGACCUCCUUGAAUCGUUGGUAAACAACAAUUAUUCUUUCCAAAGUCUCACGUUCAAUCUGGCAACUAUAUAUGAACUAUGUUCUGAAAAGUCUAGGCUUCUCAAAUCCAACUUGACUGAAAGGAUAGCCCAGCAGCCGCCGUCAAGAUAUCGGAAUUGGGAAAAGCCGAAUACGGAUUUCAAGAUAUAA